AUGUUGGCAAGGCGACCACUUUCGUCUUUUAGGAAUUCCUUCUCUCGCAUCAAUCACUUUGGGCGCUUUUCUGGUUUUGCAAGCAUGGCGCUACCCGCUGCCACCAAUGGGUUCUCCGACCCAGAGUAUAAACCCAGAUAUAUUGAUAUCGGAAUCAACUUGGCCGACCCCAUUUUCCGCGGCAAGCACCGUGGAAAACAGUCUCACCCUGAUGACCUCAACGCUGUCAUUGGUCGAGCCAAGGAAGUAGGGUGCACGAAGAUGAUCAUAACGGGAUCCGACUUUGCAAGCUGUCGGGACGCACUGCUUCUGACUGAAGAGUUCCCUGGAACGGCCUAUGCUACCGCUGGCAUCCACCCCUGUAGCAGCGCCAUCUUUAGCUCCAAAGCAGUCUCUGAAGAGGUUGAACACACAGCACCAUGUGAUCCCGACCCAUCGGCACCGAUCCCGGAUGACCACGAACCCGACUUGGCCAAGUCUGGUGAGAUCAUCUCCGACUUGACCAACUUGAUCUCCAAGGCGAGGUCAUCUGGCAACCAGCAUCUGGUUGCGUUUGGCGAGUUCGGCCUUGACUACGACAGACUGCAUUAUUGCUCCAAGGGGAUCCAGCUCCACUCUUUCGCGGAGCAGCUCAAGGUAUCCGCCUCGCUCGAACCCCAGCUUCCCCUGUUCCUGCAUUCGCGGGCCGCCCACCGGGAUUUUGUUUCGUGUCUGAAGGAGGCCUAUGGCCAGAACCUGGAAAAACUGGAGAAGGGUGGCGUGGUGCACAGCUUCACCGGCACCAUCGAGGAAAUGCGAGAGCUGAUGGACCUUGGCCUUUACAUUGGAAUCAACGGAUGUAGCUUCAAAACCGUUGAGAACUGUGAGGUCGUCAAGGAGGUCCGUCUGGACAGGCUCAUGCUCGAGACUGACGGGCCAUGGUGCGAGGUCCGCCCUAGCCACGAAGGCUACAAGUAUCUCAUCGAGAAGAAGGAGGCACAGAAUGGGGCCCCGCCAGAGGCGCAAGCACAGCCACCAAAGCAGCAGCCAGCGAAGAAGAAGAACCAAAAGAAGGAACCCGAAGUCCCUGAGAGGUGGAAGGUUGUGAAGAAGGAGAAAUGGGUCGAGGGUGCUAUGGUCAAGGGCCGGAAUGAACCUUGCAGCAUCGAACGGAUUGCGAAGAUUGUUGCAGGGAUUAAACAGGUUUCUAUCGAGGAAGUCUGUGAAGCCGCCUGGAAGAACACUGCCCAGGUCUUUGGGUUAGAAAGCGAACGGUAG